UACAUUUAACACCACUACGAGUGCAAAUAGCCCAACCAGGGAACAACAAAUAAAACAUUUAUAGAAAUAAACCAGUUAAUCACGGAAAUAUUUGCCAAAUUCCCAUCUAUAAAUCCGACGGUAAAUGUCGUUAGAAGCUUUUACAGUAGCCAAUUCUGACACCCGAAUCUCGCAUUUUCCAAGAAGAGGGGGACGUGAUAGAGUCAAAAGAACACACAGAACGAAACCACCCUUCCAGCUCUGCAGCGGUCUCCAUUUUAACUGUUUGCCCAGUCGGUACCUCACGUGUUCUGGACAGUCUUUCUCACAUGACCCUUGUUUGUCCCCGUGAUCAGUACUUCCAACUCCGUUUUUCAGUGUCGCUGAAUAUCACAUUUUAAACUGUAACCUUCAUGGAUAUGCAUGAACAGAGUUUGGACAGCUCUACAGGGAAAUCCGAUUGGCAGCCAUUUAUUAAAAUGGCCGCACUGGUUGACUGACAUGCUUCCCAGACUGCCUCCAAUCUUUAAAAUUCACGAGAAACAGGAAACAGAGGAGAUUCUCCAACUGGAAGGUGUGGGGACGGAGGAGCAGACUGCAGCUACCAUAGAGAGUGUACAGCAGGCCGCAGCUUUUGCGGAUCAUAAUGUUCAAUACCAGUUCCGCACAGAGAACAGUGGAGGACAGGUGACCUAUCGUGUGGUCCAAGUGACAGAUGACCAGCUAGAGGCAGCAGGUGACGGGACUGGGGCAGUCAGUGUGGUUUCCACUGCUGCAUUUACUGGAGUACAGCAAGCAGUGGCACAGGCUGUCAUUCAGAACCCCUUCAGUAAUGGGGGUAGUCCAGCGGGGGAGACAGUGGGUGGGGAAACGCGUUUUGCCUAUUUCCCUGCUGCCACUGUCAGUGUCAGUGAUGGGGCAGCCACAGCAGUGUCGGUGCAGGCUGACUCAACACUCACACAGGCCGGAGGUCAGUUCUAUGUGAUGAUGAGCCCACCUGAUGUGUUGCAAAAUGGCACGCCAAGGACCAUUGCCCCUCGCACACAAACCUACACCACAGACCACGGUGAAAAUGAGAUACUACAGCAUGGCAGUUCAAACUGGAAGAUGGAUGGUCCACGGGCACCUAGGGAUGAGAGAAGGAGAGCACAACACAAUGAAGUGGAAAGACGGAGAAGAGACAAGAUCAACAACUGGAUUGUCACCCUCUCAAAGAUCAUCCCAGACUGCAACAUAGACAGUACCAAGACUGGAGCAAGUAAAGGAGGGAUCCUGUCGAAAGCGUGUGACUACAUCCGGGAGCUGAGACAGAAUAACCAGAGAUUGCAGGACAGCUUCAAAGAGGUGUUGAGAGUUCAGGCAGACAACGAGCUACUCAAACAACAGAUUGAGGAGAUGAAGAAUGACAAUGCAUUGCUUCGAGCUCAGCUACAACAGCACGGCAUAGAGAUCAAUGGAGAUACGACACCACAGUGAUCUACUGGACACACACACUCUUACUUACUCACUGGAACACUGGUAAAAUACAAAUACUUAUAGAAUGCAUGAAAGUACACAUGCUCACGUGUAUGCAUCAUCAGAAAUUGCCACGCAUACACACAGAACAGAGGGCUUGAGAGGAAGAAGUGGACUGCUGACUGAUCAAGCCCCCUCCAACCCCCACACACACUCUUCCAAGGCUGAAAGCUGAAAUUCAUGACUCUGUAACUAAAUUAGUUCCCCACUUCUGCUCAAAGAAUAGCCAACUCUUCAAAUGUCGUACAUUCACCAAACUCUGUUUUUGUUAUGGACAAUGACAAUUCACAUUUAUUCUGUUUUAACCUGCUGCAGUUUUCCAUUACUUUUUUUGGAAUUUGUUGUGAGUUAUACUACCGUGUCUGACAUGAAUGAAUCCUUUUGUUUGUCAUUUAAUGUAUUAGUUUACAAUCAUAGUGCAAAUAUAGGGCUGAAUUUUGCUGUUCCAUUUUCCCUUAGAGAUUACAAACCAUGGUAGACAUCAGGCACCUUCAUCCUUUGAUGCACACCAUUUCAAAGGGUUGUUUCAUUGUCAAGUGGCGGUAGAUAAGAGAAUAUUGAUUUAAGCUGUUUUAAAGGCCUGCGAUGUAAAGGUAUGGUUGUUGUAUUAACACUAGGCCUGACAUCGCAGACGAUCAGGGCAGUAGGUGAUAGCAUAGCUCAGGUCAUUAGGACAAUAUAUAAUAUUGGUUCCCAAAUAAAUUUCAGUCCCCUCUUCCUUGCUUUAAUUCCUCUUAUCUCUUGUAUUGUCCCAUCUGGUGCACAGUAAAUCAUUUAACCUGAA